AUGUCGGUUGUUCAGAAAAUUCGAAACCCCACGAUGGUGGAAAUCGUAAUGAAAAACGAACAAGAAACUUUAAAAUAUGUCAAUGGAGGCAUCAAGUUUGAAGACAAAAAUGCUUAUGGCUUCCCAUCUUUUGGAUCAGAUUGCAAUACACCUGAGCACAUCUGCAACCGCUUCCCUAAGAACAGAUAUAUACUUAGGCUCCCCAAAUACAGCCUGUCAAGUAACUCUGAAAAUGAGAAUGAUAGUAAGGAUCCCUUUAAGAAGGCCAACAUAUUCACUACUCCGACUCCUUUCUAUGAUCUCAAGUACCACACACUUCUUCACUGUUCGGGACUUCUUACCUUUCCUCCUACUCCUUUCCCAGGAAAUCCUAACGGGAUUGUACCUUAUUACCGCUCUAUCUUUCUCUUUAAUCCCUAA